AAAAAAAAAAGAAAAAGAAAAAGAAAAAAGAGACUAGUUUGUUUGUUGAGGUGGUAGAUUUUGGAUAGUAAAGUCAGCUUAUGUGUUAGGGUUCUCAAGUAACACGCUUCAUCCAUCAUCCAUACGAAGUAUAAAAACGCCACCAUAAAUCCAACAGUCCCACCUUCCCACUUUAUCUUUUCUUCUUUACCGUUUGGCCUCAGAUAGGAAAAAUAAAAAAGAAGAAACACUAGAACCCUCCAGAAGGAACCCCCACCUGACAGCCAGAGAGCCAGGGGAGGAGAGGAAGAAGAAUGGAUAGGUACCAGAGAGUGGAGAAGCCAAGGCCCGAAGAACCCAUUAACGAGAAUGAAAUCAGAAUCACUGCUCAGGGUCUCAUUCGUAACUACAUUAGCUAUGCCACUACCCUUCUUCAGGAAAAAAGGGAACAAGAGAUUGUUUUGAAGGCAAUGGGCCAGGCAAUCAGUAAGACAGUGGCUAUAGCAGAGAUAAUAAAGAAGAGAAUCCCUGGCUUAUAUCAAGACACUUCUAUUAGCUCCACAACCAUAACCGACACAUAUGAGCCAAUUGAAGAGGGACUUGAACAAUUGGAGAUGACUCGUCAGGUAUCCCUGAUUUCUAUUACUUUGUCAAGCAAGGAGCUUAACAAGAAUUCUCCAGGAUACCAAGAGCCCUCUAACUCAGAGCAGCCGAGGGGUGAAAAUCAGCAGCUGGCACAACCCAGACAAGCAGCUAAUUCUGCAGAAAAUAACACAGAAUCAUAUGGUGGCCGUGGUCGAGGUAGGGGCAGAGGUAGAGGAAGAGGCCGAGGAAGAGGUCGUGGAAGGGGUGGUUAUGGAAGUUAUCAAGGUUGGAAUGUUUGCAUUAUUCAAAUUUGUUAUCUCUGUUUGCUUUUUGUCCCUUGAUUUGAUCCAACUUAUCUUGUCAGGUGAGAAUACUGGAUAUUAUGAUUAUGGACGGGGAGAUUAUGGACGCGGAGGUGGACGAGGAGGCAGGGGCUGGGGUUACCGCGGUAAAGUUUUUUGUUUCUUAAUCUGUUCUAUUAUUUUCUGGUUCUAGCAGGCUUAUUACUCAGGAGAUUGGUCUUGGCGUGGGAUAGUUUCCCAUUCACUCGUUUAUACUUGUUAUUUGUUCUAAGCCACCAUUUGUGUCCACUAAUAGAGAGGAAGACAAGUGAGCUAUGGGAAAAUCAUUAAGCCAAGCUUUAUUUUGUCACUCCUUGAUAAGAAAAGAGAGCUUGCAUUGGCAGCUGAAUUUCAGGCUCCUUAAUCAACGGAUAUUGCUUUUCUUAUCACUAAAGAUUAAGAUGUGUGGAAUUCACCCAACCACAACUGACACAUUGCUGCCAAUAUUUGUUGGAUGAUUUGUCAGGCAUGGGAGGAGGAGGAUAUGGAAGGGGCAGGGGAGGCUUCCCGGUUGGCGGCCGAGGCUAUGGUCGUGGACGUGGCGGUAGGAUGGGACGAGGAAGAGGUGGUGGUGGUGGUGCUGCUGCUGCUGCAAACCAGGAAUAAUUGCAGAUGGUUUGUUUUUGCUUUUAGCUGCUAAAAGCAAAGUACUCUUUUCUCAUUUUCAAUUUCAUUUAUAUCUUGUAAUUAGAUCUGAAUUUUUUAUUUUUCCCUUUCCGAAAAUCUAAGUGAAGAUAAGUGUUUCGGCUAGUGAUGAAGAGCCAAUCGAAAUGGCUUGCUAUUUUGCCUCAUGUAAAAAAUUGCAAGCAACCUUAUUUUGAAGUUAUUUGCUUUCGAAAAAGAUAUCUAUUUUACAUUUUUACUUUCG